AUCUUCGCCUGACCUUGCUCACUUCCUAGUAUAAGAAUCACGAGCACGCAACCCAGCACAGUAGAUUGCCCAAUAAUCAUGCCCUUGUAUAUUAGUUAAUGAUAUGUUAAUAAACUAGUAAGACGAGGAAGUACUUGACAUCUGUAUGUGUUUAGAUCAACUGCAAAACAAAGCUACGUACCGAGCUAGCUGCACUUGCAAACCGAUGAAGCCCACCAGCACCGUCGCGUUAAGCUUCCAGAAAGACGCCGUGGACGCCGCUGCCAAGCCCGACGGCGGCACCAGUGGCGUGCUCCGGUCGUGUCGGAUAUGCUACGUCGCCAUUCUUUCCACCACCUUCUGGGCCGUGGCGUCCGUCUUGUCCAAGCCGUCCGCAUUCUCCCUCCCCCUGCUGUCCAGAGUCACCAUCGCCCGGCUCCCUACACUGGAGCAGCCGCAGCCAGUGAUCACGGGGCAAUCAGCGUUUCCGUCGCCGUCGGCAGCGGCCGCGCGGGAGAACAGCAGCGGCACGGUGCCGGCCGACCGUUGCGCGGGGCGGUACAUCUACAUGUACGACCUGCCGCCGCGCUUCAACGACGACAUCGUCCGCGGCUGCAGGACGCUCCGGCCGUGGAUGGACGUGUGCCCGUAUGUGGCCAAUUGCGGCAUGGGCCAGGCGCUGGACGACAAGGGGGACGGCGUCUUCCCGGGCCGCGGCUGGUACGCCACCGACCAGUUCAUGCUCGACGUCAUCUUCCACUACCGGAUGAAGCGCUACGAGUGCCUCACCGGUGACCCCGCCCUCGCCGCCGCCGUGUUCGUGCCGUUCUACGCCAGCCUGGACGGCGGGAGGCACCUCUGGAACAGCACCUCGACGCGGGACGCGCUCGCGCUGGACCUCGUCGCGUGGCUGGCGCGGCGCCCAGAGUGGCGCGCCAUGGGCGGCCGCGACCACUUCUUGGUUGCCGGCCGGACCGCGUGGGACUUCCUGCGGAAGACCGACGCCGACGAGGAGUGGGGCACCAAGCUGCUCAACCUCCCGGCCGUCCGGAAUAUGACGGCGCUCGUCCUGGAGACCAGCCCGUGGAACGGGACCAACCUCGCGGUACCUUACCCGACGUACUUCCACCCCGAUACGGCCGCCGACGUGCGCGCCUGGCAGGAGAAGGCGCGCAGGGCGGAACGGAGGUGGCUCUUCUCCUUCGCCGGCGCGCCGCGCCCAGGGAGCAAGAAGACCGUCCGAGCGGAGAUCAUCCGGCAGUGCGGCGUGUCGAGCCGCUGCAGACUCUUCCACUGCACGAAGUCGUCCGACUGCGAGUCCUCGCCGGGCCGCGUGAUGCGCGUCUUCGAGAGCUCCAGCUUCUGCCUCCAGCCGCGCGGGGACACGGCGACGCGGCGGUCCACGUUCGACGCCGUCCUGGACGGCUGCAUCCCGGUGUUCUUCCACCCCGACUCGGCGUACACGCAGUACGCGCUGCACCUCCCGAUGGAUCACCCCGAGAGGUGGUCAGUGCUCAUCAUGCACACCGACAUGACCGGACCCCGGAACGUCAGCAUCGAGGAGACGCUCAGCAAGAUCCCGCCGGAGGCAGUGAUGGCGAUGCGCGAGGAGGUGAUCGGGCUUAUCCCGAGGGUGGUGUACGCGGACCCGAGGUCGAGGCGCGUGGAUUUCAGGGACGCAUUCGACGUCGCGGUGGAGGCGGUCGUUGAACGCGUGGCCAAACGGCGGCGGCACGACGAUGAGGAACGCUGAUGCACCGGCUGGCUAGCUAGUCCGGUGAUGCAUAGGAUUCAUACUUCUGGCAAGGUAAAAAAUGAAUUCUUAAAAAGGGAACAUUCUAAAUACGUGAUGAUUCUCAAAUAAGAUUUUAGGAGGGCAUAUGGCUUGAUAAUAGGCCCCUCAGCAAAAUAUAUCUAUCGCUAUUCGAUGUUGUAAGGAAGAAACUGUUAGGAAACCUGGAGUUUUAUAAUUGAAUGUGAGUCCGUCU